AUGGCAGCAGCGGGCUUCAGCUCCGCACUAAAAAUCUCAGACUUGAAUGACUUCAUCACUCCUUCUCAAGAAUGCAUCAAGCCAGUGACUGUCGAAAAACAGAAAAAAGGUUUAGGAUCGAUCAGAAUCGGUGACGAUACAGAUGACCUGACAUUGGAGACCCCGAAAAUUCAACGAGUGCAAAUCACCUUGAAUGACUGCCUCGCUUGCAGUGGUUGCAUCACAUCCGCCGAAAGUGUCCUCAUCACACAACAGAGCACGGAUGAGCUCUUGAGGAUUCUUUCGGAAUCAGCGGAUCGUCAUAUCGUAGUUUCCAUCGCCCCCCAGGCUCGGGCGUCAUUCGCUGCCAAAUACAAUGUUUCCUACCGGAGCGCCGGCUAUCGAUUGCGUUCAUUCCUGAAGAAACUCGGCGUGAAGGAAGUUCUGGAUACGUCAUUCGCAAGGAACUUCACACUGAUCGAGACCAAGCGAGAGUUCUUGAAAAGAUAUAAGGAAGAUCGAUCUCGUCUACCGAUGUUGAGCUCCGCAUGUCCCGGAUUCGUUUGUUACAUCGAGAAAACUCACGGCGAAGCGAUCCUGCCAUUCCUAAGUCAUGUACGGUCCCCCCAGCAGGUUAUGGGAAGCUUCGUGAAGACCUUCUUGGGGUCGAAAUUAUCGAUCGCUCCAGAUAAGCUGUACCAUGUGACCGUGAUGCCGUGCUUCGACAAGAAACUCGAAGCUUCACGGGACGAUUUUUUCAAUGAAGUCACUCAAAGCAAAGACGUCGAUUGCGUCAUCACUCCCGUGGAAUUAGAAGAGCUGAUGCUCAAGCAGAAUGUCGUCUUCACCGACCUUGAAGAUACCGAGGAGAGUCCCUCGGGACAGUUCGCUCUGGAACAUUGUUAUCAGCAUAAAGGGAGCGGGUCUGGCGGUUUCGGCGAAUAUGUUUUCACAUCAGCUGUGAGGGAGCUCUUCGGAGAAGAAGUGCCGUUUUGUGACUUCAAGACUCUCAGGAACAAGGACUUCACUGAGGUCAUGUUUACCAGAGGGGAUCAGGUCCUCCUCCGCGUUGCCAUCUGCAAUGGAUUUAGGAACAUACAGAACAUAGUACAGAGGAUCAAACGAGGGACUUGUAACUAUGAUUUCAUAGAAGUGAUGGCGUGCCCAUCUGGGUGUCUGAAUGGAGGCGCACAGCUCCGGCCAAACGAGGAGAGCCCAAAAGAGCUACUCGACCGCGUUGUCGAACUCUUCAAAGAGAGUCAGCAGUCGGGAGGCCGCUCCCCAGACUCGGAUUCUGCGGUGGACGAAUUGUAUCGGGACUGGAUUGCGGACAGAGCCGAAAGACUGCUCCAUACGAAGUAUAAAGCGGUGGCCAAGUCAACGAGUGGUUUCACUGUGAAGUGGUGA